AUGACGCAUGUCCAAGGCGUGCACCUGCAUUUGCUAGAUGAUGGACUGUUUGCGGCAACCGAGUUUCGGCCAAUCCGAUGGCGUAUCCGGAUAUGGAAUUUCGAAGCCUUUGUGUGCGACAUUGCCAACGACUCGAUCGACGUGCCCGACGCGUCCAUCGACGUUGCGCUCGUGGUUUUCGUGCUCUCGGCGAUCCUUCCGGGGGCCAUGGACGCGGUCGUCGCCAAGCUGCACAAGGCGCUCAAGCCCGGCGGCCUCGUGUGCUUUCGCGACUACGGCCUCUACGACCUCGCGAUGCGCCGGUCGACCAAGCGCAUUGGCAGCGACGAGGCCGACGCGCUCUACUUUCGCGGCGACGGCACGCUGGCGUCCUUCUUUUCGGUACAGGCCGUCGCUGAUGUCUUUGGCAAGUAUUUCGAGGUCGUCGAGAACGAGUACAACACGGUGCGCCUUCGCAACCGCAAGACGGGCACCAACAUGGACCGCGUCUUUGUUCACGCGAAACUGCGCAAGCCACUCGACGCCUUGUAGCACGAUUUUGGAAAGCCAAUGCGUCGGUAAAGUUACACUUGUCGCACAACGAUCAUACCAAGAAGAGUUUAUUA